CCCACUCCAAUAAAACUUGUCUCCACAAUUGAUCUUUUGUGUAUAAAUUGCUGCCAAAUAAGUCUCUAAUUAAACUAAAUCCCAUAGUUAAAGGAAUUUCUUUCAUUUCCUUCAUUCAAAAACCAUAUAAGUUAUGGGUAGUGACAAUGUUUUUACCUUCCCAGCAACACUCAUUUGUGUCAUCUUGCUUCUGUCACCUCCCAAACUGGCUGAGUGUCAAAAACUUGAUGAUCAUUUUUAUGAUCAGUCAUGCCCUCACUUGCAUAUGAUAGUCAGCUCAGGUGUUUGGUCAGCCAUCAAGCAAGACCCCCGAAUGGCUGCGUCUCUUCUCCGUCUUCAUUUCCAUGACUGCUUCGUCAAUGGUUGUGAUGGGUCGGUGCUUCUAGAUGACACUACGAAUAUGAAGGGAGAGAAGAACGCCCCGCCAAACCGCAAUUCGUUGAGAGGUUUUGAGGUCAUUGAUAGUAUAAAGGCAGAUUUGGAGAAAGCUUGCCCUUCCACUGUUUCCUGCGCUGACAUUUUAACGCUUGCAGCUGUUAAUGCUGUUUCCAUGCUAAUUGUUCUACCGCCGAGUCUAGAGACCAUCCGAGAUGAGUACAUGGGGGGUCGAUCAGAAAUGUGGAGCGCACCACUAGGGAGGCGAGACGGGUUAACUGCCAGUGAGGCAGCAACUAAAAGCUUACCCUCACCAUUGGAGAGCUUCCAAGAUAUCAAGACUAAAUUUUUAGCCCAGGGUCUUGAUACCAAAGAUAUGGUUGUUCUUUCAGG